AUGGGCUGUAAGUUGCCGAAGCCCCGAGGUUCAGAAGAAGCUCCAGGAAAGAUCUACUCCACACUUAGAAGAGCGCAGGUGGAGACGCUGUCAGGAGUGGCCUACACAUACCACUACCUGGAUUUCCUGUUAGGAAAGGAAGAGGUGGCAGUGUCUUCACUACUGUGUCUGACAUCAGUGAGAGAGCUUCCUGUGCAGAUGUGCGAGUUGUAUCAGAAGGGAUUCGUACUGGCUGCUGUCCAUCCUUUCCUUCACUCUGGUGGACCUGCUAGUGCUAACCUACAGAAGCAGUUACAUCGAGCUGUGCUCAUUAGAGAAACACACAGUGGUUCCGACAGUGGUCUGCUGAACCUGGCGGGACUUCAUCUCGCGACAGACAUGUGCUACCUAGGUCACCAGGAACCUGACUCAGAUGUUAUACAGGGCUAUGUGAAAAAGGUGCAGGACUUGGCUGAUCAGGGUGAUCUUUUUGUGGGGUUUUUGCGACAGCCCGGUGUUGGUCCAUGUUUCCUUUGGCACUGGGAACCAGAGGAGCUUUCCUCCCUUCAUUCCAGCCUCUGUUCUGUGCAUCACAACAGCAGACCUCCAACUCUCAGCCCAGCUAGUGAGAAGAGCCAACACAAUAAGGACAGUGCAAAUGGAGAUCAUCAAAACCAGAACAUUAAUCCAGAUUUACAAAACCAGAGGCAGCAAACCAAAACCUUUCUGAACCAAAGCACAGAGAGCAGCCAGUGUUGGAAUCAUCAGAAUCCUUUCACCGAUAACCAUAAGUUUCCAGAACAUCAAUAUCUUAAUGAAGAACAAGAAUGCACCCAAGAGCAGUUGCGUGAGUCUACAUUAAUGUCUUGCACAUCAGAGCCACAUCAGACCCCGAGUGCUAGAAUCCAGGCUGUACUUCCCAGCUGUGAUCUGGAAGACAACCAGAAGCUAGACCACAGAGAGCAGGUCAGAAGUCAAGACAAACCCAGCAAGCGUGUUGGACCUGCACAGAUGUUGAAUCGUGUUCAGGUCUUCGCUCUGUACCACCACACAAUGGUUCUUUCAGGAUCACCCAAGUUCUUUUCUCUGAGGGUUCCACUGCAGGUGCACAGGGAGGCGGGGCUUGUUAGCUCGGUGGACUCACAUUGGCUGGAUCACAUGAGCCAGCACUUCAGAAGUGGUGCACAACUCAUUGAUGGUUACUUUAACCUUGGAGAUGACACAGCAUCUUCUUCCAUAGUGGAGAGUGUUUUUAUCUUCCAAAGUGCCCCUGGAGAUGUCUCGGCAACAACAGCGUAUGAUGCCAUUGUGGUUGAGCAAUGGACUGUGAUUGAUGGUGUUGCUGUGAAGACAGACUACAUCCCACUGCUUCAAUCUCUGGCUCCAUAUGGCUGGAAACUAAUGUGUGUGCUACCCACUCCUAUUGUCAAAGCUAAAAGUGACGGAAGUCUGGCCACAAAACAGAUCCUCUUCCUCCAGAGACCCAUUCUGCCCCGCAAGAAGAGAGACAUGACGAAACUGUACAUCAGAGGUCAAAACAAAAGGAACUUAAAUAGUAAGAGGACACCAGAGAGGGAAAUAUCUCCACUAGCAACAAUCGAGAGGGAAAUGGAAAGGUUGGAGAGAGAAAGAAGUCUGGCGAGGCAACAUGAGAGAAUAAAAAAGAAUAAUGGGCAGAAUUUGUCAAAAAGCCCAGAGAGGAGAAAUCAGCCGGGUAAAACGCAGGACGUCCAUUCGCAGAAGAUUAAUAUCACAAACACAAAAAGAGAUGGAAUCAAGUGUUCAAAUUUCAACAAUCAAAAAUUAAAAGGUGGGAUUACGUGUGAUAAAAUAGGGAAGGAUGUGAGACCUGGGGUGACCGAGAGAGCACUAUUCUCUGGAGUGUGCUGACAGUAUUUAUGCAUAUUUAACCAUUACAAUAGGUUCAUGUUUAUUCAGGCAGAAUACACUGUAUUCAGGCCCAUGCUUUGGCAAAUGCAUGCGCUGACAGAGUAAUGGUCUUGGAAAGAUUCUGAGGAGGUAUUCCAGGUUGUUGUUCUAAAUUGAUGUGCAUACACAGUGAACCGCUGUGGCAAAAAGCAAGAGAUGUGUGAUUUGAGCAACUCAUUCAGUUACAUUGCAAUAUGCCAUUCUCUAGCUAAUCAAAUCCAUAAAGAACAACAUCCACAAGAUUUUCAUUGAUUGAAGGUAAGCACAGUAACAACAGCAGUAACUGAAAUCUAACUUUGUAAAGUAAUUGUUAUAGUGGAGUCUGCUAAACAGUUUAUGGUGUAAAGAAGAGUUCACACUAAUGGCCUUUUGAUUACAAUAAAAUAUACAAUGUUCAGCUUGUAGUUUUCUGUGUAGUAUUUUCAAUGUGACUUUACAAAUAUAUUGAAGACAUUUCAGCUCUCGUGUAGAGCGCAACAGUGUCCGCCCACUUUUUCAGCCAUGUUGGUUCCCCAAGUAUUUUUCCCAUAAACUUUUUUCCAUUGGGAUUUCACAGAAUCCUUCAGAAAAGAGUUCUAAGCCAUGAACCAA